AUGUCGCCACGGGGGUCAUACGAAGCACUCCCGCUCCAUGAAACAGCAGACGGCUUAGAAUACCCACCCUCGAUAUGUUCCCCCUCACGCCGCCGACGCUCCUCCCUUCCUCGACAUCCUUUUCUCUCUAUUCUCCUCCCCUGGCAUUGGAAACGCCCUCGUUCCUGGCGCAGCCUCACCUUCCUCGUAUCCGCACUAUGCGGCAUCCUCGUCCUCGCCACCUACAUCGUCUGGAGCGUGUGGGAACCCCGCGUGCAGCUCGACAUCUCCUGGUACAGCCGCGACUGGAUCCAAAACGAAAUCCUGCCGCUCUCCCCGCUGGCCGGGUGCUUCGAGGAGGGCUCGCCAGCGCACGCGUCCCUCGGCGGCGCGUACGACGUCGCCGACGCGCUGUGGACGCCGCGCACGUACGAGGUGCAGGCGGGCAUCUCGAUGCGCCUCGGCAUGGACUGCUACGAGAUGGCGGGCACGAUUGGCAACCGUCCGAAUCGCACGGCGCGUCCGGACGACUGGGUGCAUCCGGAGGAGAGAAGGCAGUUUCAUACGUAUUGGAGGAACGAUCUGGCGGGCUUUGGCGCGCGGCAGGAGCAGAUGUUUCGCUCGUUCUUUGCCACGCAGGAUGUCGACCGCUCGCGCCUCGUGUUGUGGACGAAUGGCCCCGAACUGGCGGGCGAUCCGGCGGUGAAAAAGUAUGUCGAGGCGUUCCCUGAGAGCUUUGCGGUACGUGUUGUGGAUGUGCAGGCGCUUGCGAGUGGCACGGCGAUGGAGGGGAGCCCGUUGCUGGAUACGCACGAUACGCGGGCGUGGGUGGACAGCGAUUUGUUACGGUUGCUGGUGAUUUGGAAGCUCGGCGGGACGUGGAUCGACAUGGACAUGCUGCUCACGCGCGACCUCGCUCCACUCCUCGAACACGAGUUUGUCACGCAGUGGGAUUGCUGGGACCGCUCCUUCGCAGCCAUGAACGGCGCAUUCAUGCACUUCCGACGACACAGCGCCUACCUCUGCGAAGCCUUCCACCUCAUGGCGAACUCGUCCGCGCCGCGCUCGCCCUCGAUGGACUGGGGCGCGUACCUCUACCUCCGCCUGCACCGGCGCCUCCUCGCCGCCGGCGUGCCCCCGUUCAAAGUCCUCCCCUCGUGCUUCACCGACCCGCUCAUGUGCAGACUCGACAACCGCGUCCCGGAGCCGUUCGCGCCCGAUCGCGCGGACGGGCGCUGGCUCGGCUGGGUGUGGGGCAGCGGGAGCGGGAUGGGGACGUGGGCGGGCAGGGGGCUGUGGGGCGGCGGGGCGGGGACGCGGUAUGUGGAUGGGGAUGCUGCAGAGACUUCAACUGAGGGAGAGGACGAGACGCCGGCGGGCAUGGAUAAGCUCGACAGGCCGUAUGCGGCCGACGGUGGGCUCGAGGAGGGUGGAGCGCUCGAUAGGGCGCUGCACAAGAUUUUUGCGCUGCAUGUGCAUAAUAGGUGGGAUAAACAGUUCCCGGAGAAUGGGUGGAUUGACCGGUUGUUGUUGCGGAGAUAUGAUCGGGCGCUGGAGGGGAAGGCGCCGCAGGAGAGCCAGGAGCUGUAGAUGUGCCGUUUAUGGGGCGGUCCGAUUCAGAGUAGAGGUGAUAUGAUGGACAAUAUUGGCUCUUGACGAUACAUUUGCGUAUACC